GGAGAGGAGCGGAGCGGCCGCCCCGCCGCCGCCGCCGCCGCUGCAGCCACCAUGUCGGCGGGCGGCCGCGACGAGGAGCGGCGGAAGCUGGCCGACAUCAUUCACCACUGGAACGCCAACCGGCUGGACCUGUUCGAGAUCAGCCAGCCGACCGAGGAUCUGGAGUUUCAUGGAGUCAUGAGAUUUUAUUUUCAAGACAAAGCUGCUGGAAACUUUGCGACAAAAUGCAUCCGGGUAUCUAGCACGGCAACCACUCAAGAUGUGAUUGAAACACUGGCAGAGAAGUUCCGCCCUGAUAUGCGCAUGCUGUCCUCUCCCAAGUACUCCCUCUACGAAGUGCAUGUCAGUGGAGAAAGAAGAUUAGACAUCGAUGAGAAACCUCUAGUUGUACAGUUGAACUGGAACAAAGAUGAUCGGGAAGGUAGAUUCGUCCUUAAGAAUGAGAACGAUGCCGUUCCAGCCAAGAAGGCUCAGAGUAAUGGACCCGAGAAGCAGGACAAGGAAGGCGUUAUCCAGAACUUCAAGAGAACUCUCUCAAAGAAAGAAAAGAAGGAGAAAAAGAAGAGAGAGAAAGAGGCAUUGAGACAAGCCUCCGAUAAGGAAGAAAGGCCUUCCCAAGGCGAAGACAGCGAAAACUCUCGACUGGCUGCUGAAGUUUACAAAGACAUGCCCGAAACCAGCUUUACUCGAACGAUUUCUAACCCGGAGGUAGUUAUGAAACGGCGGCGGCAGCAAAAGCUUGAAAAGAGAAUGCAGGAGUUCCGAAGCUCAGAUGGGCGGCCCGACUCAGGUGGAACACUGAGAAUAUAUGCAGACAGUUUAAAACCAAAUAUUCCGUACAAGACAAUCCUGCUGUCUACUACAGACUCUGCAGACUUCGCUGUAGCGGAAUCUCUGGAGAAGUACGGUCUGGAAAAAGAGAGUCCCAAGGACUACUGCAUUGCCCGGGUUAUGCUUCCUCCCGGAGCCCAGCACUCUGAUGACAGAGGUGCUAAGGAGGUUGUUCUUGACGAUGACGAGUGUCCUUUACAGAUCUUCAGGGAGUGGCCAAGUGACAAAGGAAUUUUAGUCUUUCAGUUGAAGAGGAGGCCACCGGACUAUAUCCCAAAGAAAAUGAAGAAGCACGUUGAAGGGAAGCUGCCGAAGGGGAAGGAUAGGGUCGACGGGUCUGGCUGUGGCUCUGCUCUUCCUCCCGAGAAACUGCCCUACUUAGUAGAGUUAAGCCCAGGGAGAAGGAAUCACUUUGCCUACUACAACUACCACACUUACGAAGAUGGCUCUGACUCCAGAGACAAGCCAAAGUUAUACCGCCUUCAAUUAAGCGUGACUGAAGUUGGGACAGAAAAGUUCGAUGACAAUUCUAUCCAGUUGUUUGGCCCAGGAAUUCAGCCUCAUCACUGUGACCUCACUAACAUGGACGGAGUGGUCACUGUGACGCCCAGAAGUAUGGAUGCAGAGACCUACGUGGAUGGGCAGCGCAUCUCGGAGACCACCAUGCUGCAGAGCGGCAUGAAAGUGCAGUUUGGCACCUCACACGUGUUUAAGUUUGUGGACCCCGUCCAGGACCAUGUUCUUUCGAAGAGGUCUGUGGAUGGAGGCCUGGUGGUCAAGGGCCCGAGGCAUAAACCCGGAGCCAUUCAGGAGACAACCUUUGAUUUGGGAGGAGAUAUUCACAGCGGGACAGCAUUGCCAGCAAGCAGGAGUACUACUAGACUGGACAGUGACAGGGUGUCCUCUGCCUCCAGUACAGCCGAGCGAGGGAUGGUGAAGCCGAUGGUCCGACUGGACCAGGAGCAGGACUACCGGCGAAGAGAAAGCAGAACUCAGGACGGGGCUGGGCCGGAACUGAUACUGCCUGCCAGCAUUGAAUUCAGGGAAAGCUCUGAAGAUUCUUUUUUAUCUGCCAUUAUAAACUAUACCAAUAGCUCUACAGUCCAUUUUAAGUUGUCUCCUACAUAUGUGUUAUACAUGGCAUGCCGGUAUGUAUUGUCCAGCCAGCACAGGCCUGACAUCAGUCCAACAGAGCGCACACAUAAGGCCAUUGCUGUUGUCAACAAGAUGGUGAGCAUGAUGGAAGGGGUCAUUCAGGAAGUAGACCAGGUUGAUCAGAAACAAAAGAACAUUGCAGGGGCGCUUGCUUUCUGGAUGGCAAAUGCAUCAGAACUUCUCAACUUCAUCAAGCAGGACCGAGACCUUAGUCGGAUCACACUAGAUGCCCAGGACGUCUUAGCACACUUGGUUCAGAUGGCAUUUAAGUACUUGGUUCACUGUCUUCAGUCAGAACUUAAUAACUACAUGCCAGCCUUUCUGGAUGAUCCUGAGGAAAACAGUCUACAAAGACCAAAAAUAGAUGACGUGCUGCACACCCUGACGGGAGCCAUGUCCUUGCUGAGGCGCUGCAGAGUCAAUGCUGCCCUGACCAUCCAGCUGUUCUCGCAGCUCUUCCAUUUCAUCAACAUGUGGCUGUUCAACAGACUGGUGACAGACCCAGACUCGGGCCUGUGCUCCCACUACUGGGGAGCAAUCAUCCGCCAGCAGCUGGGGCAUAUCGAAGCCUGGGCGGAGAAGCAGGGCCUGGAGCUGGCCGCUGAUUGUCACUUGAGCAGGAUCGUGCAGGCUACUACUCUGCUUACCAUGGAUAAGUAUGUACCUGAUGACAUUCCAAAUAUAAACAGUACAUGCUUCAAGUUAAAUUCUCUGCAACUUCAAGCCCUAUUACAGAACUACCACUGUGCACCUGAUGAGCCUUUCAUUCCUGCGGAUCUCAUAGAAAAUGUUGUGGCUGUUGCUGAGAACACAGCUGAUGAGCUUGCCCGCAGUGAUGGCAGAGAUGUGCAGUUGGAGGAGGACCCUGACCUACAACUACCUUUUCUCUUGCCAGAAGAUGGCUAUUCCUGUGAUGUCGUCAGAAACAUUCCAAAUGGUUUACAAGAAUUUUUAGACCCUCUGUGCCAGAGAGGGUUUUGCAGAUUGAUUCCUCAUACGCGUUCCCCAGGAACCUGGACGAUACAUUUCGAGGGUGCAGAUUUUGAGAGUCAUCUUAUGCGAGAGAGCACAGAACUGGCCCAGCCUCUGAGGAAGGAACCUGAGAUAAUCACUGUGACCCUAAAAAAACAGAAUGGAAUGGGUCUCAGCAUCGUAGCAGCGAAGGGUGCUGGCCAGGACAAACUGGGAAUCUACGUGAAGUCUGUUGUGAAAGGAGGCGCUGCAGAUGUGGAUGGACGUCUAGCUGCUGGUGACCAGCUCCUCAGUGUGGACGGGCGAAGUCUGGUUGGACUUUCUCAGGAAAGGGCAGCAGAACUCAUGACAAGAACCAGUUCUGUGGUCACACUUGAAGUUGCAAAGCAAGGCGCCAUCUAUCACGGCCUGGCCACCCUCCUCAACCAGCCAUCCCCCAUGAUGCAGAGAAUUUCAGAUCGUCGUGGCUCAGGUAAACCCAGACCAAAGAGUGAAGGUUUUGAGCUCUACAAUAAUUCAGCUCAAAAUGGCUCCCCAGAGAGUCCUCAGCUGCCUUGGACAGAGUACAGUGAGCCAAAGAAACUUCCUGGUGAUGACAGGCUGAUGAAGAAUAGAGCUGACCACCGUUCCAGCCCUAAUGUGGCAAAUCAGCCUCCUAGCCCUGGAGGGAAGAGUCCAUAUGCUUCUGGAGCAGCAGCUAAAAUAACGUCUGUCUCCACUGGAAACCUGUGCACUGAGGAGCAGACCCCUCCACCUAGACCUGAAGCCUAUCCCAUCCCUACUCAGACAUACACCAGAGAGUAUUUUACCUUUCCAGCUUCAAAAUCCCAGGAUCGGAUGGCUCCUCCUCAGAACCAAUGGCCAAACUAUGAGGAAAAGCCGCAAACGCACACAGAAAGUAAUCAUUCCAGUGUUUCAAUCCAGCGCGUUACCCGUUCCCAGGAAGAGCUUCGAGAAGAGGUUUACCAGCUCGAGCGGCAUCGAAUAGAGGCUGGCAUGGAUCGCAAGUGUGACAGUGACAUGUGGAUCAAUCAGAGCUCCUCAGUGGAUUCCAGCACAUCCAGCCAAGAGCACCUGAACCAUUCCUCCAAGUCCGUCACCCCUGCUUCCACCCUGACUAAAAGCGGUCCCGGGCGUUGGAAAACCCCAGCAGCAGUACUGCCCACCCCUGUGGCUGCCUCCCAGCCCAUUCGAACAGACCUGCCUCCCCCGCCCCCUCCACCUCCUGUCCACUACGCCAGUGAUUCUGAUGGCAUUGCAGUGGAUUUGUCCCUCCCACCUCCUCCUGCCCACCAGCUGGGACCCCAGUCCGCUCAGGUGGCCGCUGCAGAGAGGAAGAAGAGAGAAGAGCACCAGCGGUGGUAUGAGAAAGAGAAGGCCCGCCUCGAGGAGGAGCGGGAGAGGAAGCGCAGGGAGCAGGAGCGCAAGCUGGGUCAGAUGCGCACCCAGUCCCUGAACCCUGCUUCCUUCUCUCCUCUGGCCACGCAGGCCAAGCCAGAAAAGCCUUCCACACUGCAGAGGCCCCAAGAAACAGUCAUCCGGGAGCUGCAGCCCCAGCAGCAGCCCCGCACGAUUGAGCGCAGGGACCUGCAGUACAUCACCAUCAGUAAGGAGGAGCUGUCCUCCGGGGACAGUCUGUCUCCAGACCCCUGGAAACGAGACGCCAGGGAGAAGCUGGAGAAGCAGCAGCAAAUGCACAUUGUCGACAUGCUGAGCAAGGAGAUCCAGGAGCUGCAAAGCAAGGGGGACCGCAGUGCCGAGGAGAGCGACCGCCUGAGGAAGCUUAUGCUGGAGUGGCAGUUCCAGAAGAGACUGCAGGAGUCUAAGCAGAAGGAUGAGGAUGACGAGGAAGAGGAAGAUGAUGAUGUGGAUACCAUGCUGAUCAUGCAGCGCCUGGAGGCCGAGCGGAGAGCCAGGUUGCAGGAUGAGGAGCGCAGGCGCCAGCAGCAGUUGGAAGAGAUGCGCAAACGAGAAGCAGAAGACCGCGUGAGACAAGAGGAAGGUCGUCGCCUUGAGGAGGAGGAGCGAGUGAAGAGAGACGCUGAAGAAAAGAGGCGACAGGAAGAAGGGUAUUACAGCCGCCUGGAAGCUGAGAGGCGCAGACAGCAUGACGAGGCAGCACGAAGGCUGCUGGAGCCCGAAGAGCCUGGGCUGAGCCGACCUCCUCUUCCACGGGAUUAUGAGCCCCCAUCCCCGUCCCCAGCACCCAGCGCCCCUCCUCCCCCACCUCAGCGAAACGCCUCCUACCUCAAAACACAGGUCCUCUCCCCGGACUCGCUGUUUACUGCCAAGUUUGUUGCCUAUGAUGAUGAUGAGGAGGACUGCGGCCCAGCAGGACCACACCCUUAUACGGGAUCUGCUGGGACAGGCUCGGGAGCCCACGAUGCUCCUCGGGACCCAAGAGAAAAGCACACGAGAAGCCAAGAUGCAGACUUCCCUGGCAGUUCUGGAGCCCCUGAAAACCUGACAUUUAAAGAGCGCCAGCGCCUCUUUUCUCAAGGCCAAGAUGUGUCUGACAAAGUAAAAGCAUCUCGUAAAUUAACAGAACUUGAGAACGAACUGAACACCAAGUGAGAGGAGGAGAGGAGAGGGCGCCUUGUGCCCACAUGAGUCUGCAUGGCAGUGGCUCUGUGGGGGCGAGCCUGAAGAGGAGGGAACAGUUCUAGUCCUAAGAGAUUUCUAAUUUCUGUUUCUAAAAUGGUUGCAAGUUAGAGAUGUUCCAAUUCUAAGAAAUCUUGUUUUACUUUACCAAGAAAGCCCUGCCUAGGUCCUGUUGAUUUGACUCAGGUGAGGUUAUCUUCCUUUGCUAGCUUCUUUGGGGAGUCUCAGACUCACAGGGCAGAAUGAAGGGCAGUGAAGAUCACAGGGCGUUUCCUCUGCCCUCUUUUCCCCUCAUUAUUCCCAAGGUAGUAGGCCAAGAAAUUAUCUCUGUUCUUUCUCUAAACUCCACUUGGCUGAACAACACAGACCAUCGCCGUGUUCUGGUGGACCUGUGUUCAGGAGACAGAACCGUCAGCCUGGAGCCCAAGGUGGAUGUCCCCACUGUACCUUCUAUAAUGUGCCACCUAAUGGUGGCUAGAUGGAGCUUCUUACAUGUAAGGUGCACAACACAUUCAUCAUUCUUGACAAACGUGAGCCUCCCGAUCAAUUCUAAAUGUUUGAGAUUGAGCAUCUAAUUAAUAAUUCAAUUUUUAAAAUUCUCAAAAAUUUAAAGACUUAACCUUAGGGGAUUUUAUUUUUAUAAAUACCAAAUUACUGUUAGACUAAUCAUUGGUGAAAAUUAAAGAUGACAGUUAUGUUGGGAAGUUACCUAAUAUUUCAGAUACUCCGAAGAAUCUAGAGAGCUCUCUAGCUAAACAGCGUUCAUGUAGGUAGAAGCAAAGAUGUCUGAGAAGAGCUCAGCUCACGGGUGGCAGUCAAACAUAGCUAGCAGAAAUUUUAAAUUUAGCAAAAAGGAUUUGUGUUAGGUACACUUGUCGGAAAGGGGAGGGAUCGGUUACUGUGCGUGCCAUCUGAACUUUAAUACUGUAAAGAAUAACGCGUGGUAGUCAAUUCACAUUUCUUUCACAGCAUAAAAGAGUAGUUUAAUUUUAAUUUGUGAAUUUGCACUGUCAUUCCUCCAGCUGAGUUGUGGGAGGCAGACAUGAGUUUGUUUAUGUUUGUGUGAAAGCAAGCUUUAUGACUUCAAGAACACUUCUCAUUUGACAAAGCCCUAAUGUGGAUCCAGAUGAUGUUUCUGUACCAUACUAUUCUCUGAUAAACGUGUACGUUAGGAAAAUAGGCACACUUGCAAAUAGAACAGAAGCAUUUGCAACCCUGAAAGCCACUUUUAAUAAGGACUGUACGAUAAGUUGUUGAAAUACAAUUGUAAAUAUUUUUUAUGUCUAUCAAGCUUCCUAUUUGGAAGUGUGCCUUUGCUGUUUCCUCUGUAAGAGAAUUGAGUGGUCCUGAGAGUUAAUGAAGGAUUUGCACACUUGCCUUGCCUAGGAAGUACAGUCUCCUUGAGUCUGGAGCACACUGGUAGCCUUUGGGUGGCAUAGCCUUCCUCCCAGAGAAGAGCAGAUACCUGCUGUUUGCUUGUACAUGGGAAGACAGAUGCACACAAGAACCUGCAAACAUCUGAAAACUGCAUGUGUGUUUGUGAAACCCAUAGUGAUGUAGACUUGGCCAUCCCUGGACAGUGAGAUCAAAUGUGAAUAUGUGUUGUGAGAGCGCGUUACAUAGCGUGUUACCGUGGGGAAACGCCCAAACUGCUGUUUUCCAUUUCUACUGUAUUUCAGUUGCAGCCUUUUUUAAAAUAAACUUUGUAUCUAUUUAAGUGUAUUUGCUAUUGUUUUCAAAGUGCUGACAAAGUUUAUAUUUGUAAUGCCAGCCCUCCUCUCCCCCAUUUCCACCUGUCACUACUUCAUUAAACAAUGCCGAGUGUCA